AAUCAUGGACAAUUUUUUCCAUUAGGAGGAGUUGAGAGCUUUCUCUCCCAAACACCACCCUCGGUUUUGGCCAUUCUCCAUACGGAAAUACCUCAUUUCAUCCUUUCUUCUUUGAUCCUUCUUGGUUGAGCUUAGAAUUUAGUUUCUUUACCUCCAUAUCUCUUUUGGGGUGUAAGUUCUCUAAAGUUUGAGUUCAUUUUCGAAGGUUUUGGAUAAGAAAACUCUGCAAACAAAAUCGGAAAUCACUAUUCACGUGUAGAGGUCAACGCCCCUACUUAGUGAUUCCCUUGUUCAAUCUUUGCUUUGAAGGUGUUUCUAGCUUCUCCUAGCUUUGGGGAUCAAGCAAAUCCGAAUUUUUACAUCAUCAAGAAAGGUUGAUUUUGGCCACUUCUCUAACGGCUAAAAAAAAGAAUCUAAGGCCAUGAUCACGUAGAGGGGGUUGCUGCCACUUAGCUUCCCCUUCCUAUGUACUAUGGGGCAUAAGAAGAAGAAAACUCCUCCACCUCCUACCAAAUCUUCUUCUCGGAUUAAGGCUAAGGCCCAAAGGAAGAACAUGGAGGUUUCAACGGACGUUACUCAAGACUCAAAACCUCUCGAUGCUAACUCCCAAAUUCUAGAGGAAUCUUGCUCCUCAAAGAUGGAACCGACCAGUGACCCUACUUUGGAAACUCCCCGAGAAGACAUCUCUACCAUGGUUGAGGUAACUUCCUCUCCUAUCACUGAAAACCAAACAAUUGAUGUACCAAUUGUUGAACAUACCGAGGAAAUGGAGGAACCUCUUGUACCUUUUGUUGAUUUUAACAUUGAACCCAUACUUGAGGACAAUGAUAUACCAAUUCUUGAGGAGGAAACUGCUUAUGUUGUUGACCCUAUGGUUGAGGAAGUUCUGGAAAAGGAAAUGGCCGAGGCCAAUAUUUGAUAAGUCCGUAUUUAGACACGCAUUUGAUGCGUGUUCGGGUCGGACUUUGAUGAUUUUCCUGGCUUUAAGGCGUUGCAAGUCUCAAUUUUGGCUCAAGUUGUGUUUAGCAGGCGUUGGAUCGAGUUUCAUUGCAUUUGGAGUUGAUUUGAAGAAGUUAGAGUCCGGCAAUCGGCGCUUGAGAGGCAUUCGGGAAGGAUUUGAAGGCAUUCGAGAAAGAUUUGGAAGAUUUGGAGGCCACCGGGAGAUUCGCGACGAAAUUCUGGUGAAGAAAGAGCAGUUGGAUCGACCUCGUAGGCAUCCGGGAGCAUUCGGAGCAAGAAAACGAAGGAAAAGUGAAGAAUAGGGUCAGGCACGCCGUGCCUGGAAGCUAGGCAUGCCGUGCCUGAUGCAAAAUUAUUCUGCGAGCUACUGGAGGCCAGGCACGGUCGUGCCUGGCAGCUAGGCACGCCGUGCCUGGCAUAUUUCAAGGAAACGAGCUACUGGAGGCCAGGCACGGUCGUGCCUGGCAGCUACGCACGCCGUGCCUGGACGCGAAAAAACGGAUUCCUUCCGUAGGCACGGUCGCAGGCACGGUCGUGCCUGGCACCGUGCCUGGCCGCGAUUUGUCCUAAUUCGACCCGAAUUCAUUGUUUUCUAUAAAUAAGGCCUCCAUAACCCCGUUUUUGGGGGUUACGAACAUUACGGAGAGGCCUAGGGACGAAUUUAACACCGUUUUUACGCUAUUUUCUUCCAAGACCCUGGGAUUAUUUGUAAGUUCAAUUCUUUAAUUAAUGACAAUUAUUUC